AUGGAGAUGAUUUAUUCUGUUAUCCCCGAAAAUACAAUAUUCUAUGCAAUUAUCGCCGUAGUAUUUAUUUAUCUACGAAAAUAUGUAUCUCUAGCUCCGAUCCCAAUUCCAACUCCAAUUUCCACUACGUUGGAUGCGGAUAUAAAAGAAUUAAAACGAGAUAUGUUGGCUCUAAAAAAUGAUCAUGCAAGAAUAGAAAAAGAUUUGGAAUGGAGAAGUGAAGUUCGAA